AUGUGCCGACUCUGUGUGAAGUCAAUAGAGUCCACAGAGGAUGCAUCACUUGUCUGGUUUAAGUGCCCCCUGUCCACGAGCGCCGCGCAGAUUAACGACUGCACUGGACAAGAGGAAAUGUGGAAAUAUGAUGAUAAUGUGCAGCUGGCAGCCGGAGAAAAGAAGGCUCUGGAUCAGGAGCGUCGCACAGACACCACAUCUGUCUUUGUUAUACACCCUUCUGCCCAGGCGCCUCUCCCCCCUGUGCACGGGGGUGAGGAGACCCUGUGCCUCCUGCCCCUGUCUCAUUUCGGGCCCGCGCUCUGCAAAUCCCUCCAUCUGGACGAGGCCGGCAGCUUUGGCAGGUCCCAGCUUCUACACCAGGCCCCGCUCUGUCCGUUUACUCUGGACUCACAGGUUCAGCUGCGUCCCACAGACUCCAGCUCCAGCCGACACAGACGCACACUGCAGAUCAAAGCCUGGAUCCCCGGCGCUAUCGCAGGGCAUCGCAUUUAUCUCCUCUCUCCUCGCUCCGAAGACCACACGGGGCUAAAUAACAGCGCGCAGAGGAAAAAAACAGGGCUUAUAGCGGGUGACAGUGACCAAUGGACCCCCAGCACCCGAGGGCCCAAACUCGGAUCCCUUUUUCUAAUCUCCACCGUGGCGCUUCUUAUCAGCCUCCAACGAGCUCAGCCACAUCACAUCCACACUUUUCAGCCGUUUCCGGGAGAGUAUCUGGACCGUCACAAAAAACAGGAUUCUUGA